AUGGAAGAUGGAAAACCUCGAUCUCGAAACCCUUGGCCAAGUCGUCCUCCUCAUCCCCUAAACCCCAUCAAUUCCCACAUCGAGAAAGUUGAAUUGCUUCCACACUCCCUACCGCACGGAGGGGUUGACCCCUUUUUCUCAUACAGUACUUUACCUAUCUU